CUUUUAUGAUUCAUCAAAAAUUGCUUGCCCAUGAAAGAAGUAAACAUGCGAAUAAUAAAAUGAUACCUCAUUUUUACUUACUUUCUCAACCUACCUCAGAACAACUAUUAUAUUAUAUUAACUCUGUUAUUGUUCUUGUUAAGAAAAAACUUGGUUUUUCUAAAAAUUUUAUUGGAAAAAAACGUUUUUCUAUUGAAACUUUUCCAGAAAAUAUAUUUGUAUAUCUUUUUAGAAAUGAGAAAAAGUUUAAAUAUAGUUCAGUCAACCAUAAAUAUCAAUGUUGUUUUGAAGGAUCCACAGGAGUGACUAGACUUAAUCAAAUAUUUUAUUAUAAUUAUUGGAAUUUUCGACAAAAUCCUAUUACAAAUACUAAAGAAUAUGUUUUACUUGAAGACUAUGAAAAUAUAUAUCAAAUCAAAUUUACUUGGAAUCAAACAACUUUAUUGGAAAACAAUAGAGAGUUUAUAUUAGGAAGAAUGACCUGUAAUUUUAUUGCCGAUUCUAAAGAAUUUCAAGAAAA